AUGUCAAAUCCCCUGCAGUAUACAGUCGGCUGGAUCUCGGCCCUCCCGACCGAGUCUGUCGCUGCACAACAGUUCCUCGACGAGCGACAUGAGGGCCCUGAAAGCGUUGCCCAGAAUGACAAUAACGUAUACACCCUGGGCAGGGUCGGACGACACAACGUCGUGAUGGCUGUCCUGCCUAAGGGUGAGUACGGAACGACAACCGCGGCCACGGUAGCGAGGGACAUGCUACAUAGCUUUCCCAACGUGCGUAUCGGCCUUAUGGUUGGUAUUGGUGGCGGUGCGCCAAGUUGGAGGCAUGAUAUACGCCUCGGCGAUAUUGUGGUUAGUACUCCUCAAGGAAGUAUAGGUGGGGGUUUCCAGUACGACUAUGGGAAGACCAUUCAAGACCAGGCUUUCCACUAUACAGGAUUUCUAGAUAAGCCACCAACAGUGCUUAGAGCAUUAGCCGGAUUAAGGGCGAAGUACGCACUUGAAGGCCACCAGCUUGGAGAACAGGUGGCUCAGAUUUUAGAAAAGAAGCCGCGACUCCGAAAGAAUUACUCACGGCCACAGGCGAUGAGCGACAGACUAUACCUAUCCCACAUUGUGCAUCCUUCGGACUCAUCAAAGAGCUGCACUGAGGUGUGUGAUGACAAUCCGGAAUAUCUAGUAGACCGACCAGAGCGACGUGAAGAGGAGGAUGAUCCCGCAAUCCAUUACGGAUUGAUUGCGAGUGGAAACCAACUAAUGAAGGACGCGCGUAUUCGGGAUAAGCUAGCCGCGGAAAAUGAUGUCCUAUGCUUCGAAAUGGAGGCUGCAGGGCUGAUGAACCACUUCCCUUGCCUUAUCAUCCGCGGUAUCUGCGACUAUUCGGACUCCCAUAAGAAUAAGGAAUGGCAAGGCUUUGCUGCGAUGAUGGCGGCAGCAUAUGCAACGGAUCUUCUACGUCAAAUAGCUCCAGGUAGAGUCGAAGGUGAAAGGAAGAUCGGCGAUAUUCUCUCCGGCCGCUACGAAAUUGCAGAAAAUCACGGGGAUAUUGCAAUGGAGCACCGGGACAUAGCUGAGGUGCAGCUCCAAGGCCAGAAAGAUCAAGCCAAGGACAAGCUACCUGAAAAAGAGGUUGUAGCUGGCUCUAUUGGAAUGAAUGAGGGCUAUUAUGAUGUUGCCGAUGCCGUCACAGGGACAUUCUGGUUAUUCAUCGACGGACUUGACGAAUGCGGCGAAGACAAUGCGGUCGAACUAGCGGAGAACUUCGAAUCUCUUUCUAAAAGUCUUUCCAAAAGUCUGAAAAACGUCCUAGAACUUGAGCGUCAGGGUGUCGGAUCAAAGGAAAUCGAAGCAGCAGUCUAUUCUAGCCCUCGAGGCCUUGAUGAACUUCUGCUUGCUACUAGUGAGGCCGAGGUUGAUUCAAAGAAUAACUAUCGGACGCUGCCCUCGCUCAAUGACACGGACGUUCAGUCGGAAAUCUCAGAUAUAAGUGGUGCCAGCACAGUCAACACAGCCCUUACUGCCCUUACUGCAUAUACCGCAGUCUCCACAGCGGGCAACGAUCCACUCCAGGCGGCUGCCACAAAACUUGCCGACUUCCUAUUUCAAGAUCCUGAUCUCCAACCUCUGUACUCGCAAUCGAGCCAUUUGGUGGAAAACCAGAACUUCAGUAGAAUUCUGGACCAGAAAGAGGAUCGCGACUAUACUCUCAAUCGCCUCCUCUCUCAGCAGCGAGUGACCAGCGGAACUACAGAACAUCCCAAGCAUCAUGACGAAGACAAAACUAUGAAAACGGACUAUGAGCGGGCUGCAGAAUCCGAAAUUAGCGACGAAGAUGGAGAGCAGGAUGAUAGUCGAGACGACGAAGUGGGUGAAUUCCCCCUGCUAGACAGCAUAUUCAAGUUUCUCGCAGCUGGACCUCCCCUUCAAACUCUAAAAUCCAAUCUCGAUUGCUUCGUUAAUCCUCCUACAACCAUAUCAGAAGCAUUAGAUAAGAGAAACAUCCGAGCUCUCAGACGCCUGCUUCGGAAACAGUUCGACAGUAUUGCCCAGGAUAACUAUUCCUGGCUUCGAGAACUGGAAGAUCUCGGCCAUACGCGAGAUGAGAUUGCGCAGUUGUUGCUUGAAGAGGCUAGUGAUUCUCCGUGGAUUUAUUUAACUCUAGUUUCGGAAUCGACUCUUGUAGCUGAGCUCCUCGGGUCUCAAACGACUCCUGGUCCGUACCCAAUCGUCGAGGCUAACCUAAAGGCGUUAACAUGCAUUGGGGAUAUGCUUCAGGGCCCUGUGCUUGUUUUCAGUCCCUUUCAGUUGGAAGGACACGCUUCCGAAGUUCUAGGGAACCCGGCGCUGGCACAAUUCGACUUGCUAGCGAGUCCCGAGGACUUAAUUGAUACGUGGGGUCCCGGCCAGUUUGUUGUUCCUAUCACACAAAGCAAGCUACCAUCUGCCAUCAGGAUUUGUGGCGGGUUUAUUUACGAAUCUGAUCGAGACCGCAGGAUAUUCCACUGGUGCCGUUAUGCGACUCCUGGCCAGUUCUGCCAAGGCGAGCUAGACCCUCGGGUUAAAAUUCGAAUUGGAGCGCAUGUUACGGUGAAUGACAACUGUAGACUCGACGAAGGACAGCACCGUGGUCAUUGCUCCAAUCUACUUCACUCCUUAGACACACAUCCACCAGGUUGGAUCCUUGCAGAAAAACAGUUUGGCUUUCAAGGCGGCGGCGACUUCGCGUUACUCCAUGUUACUGCCGGCUACCACCGGUAUCCCGGCCGGACUUUGAAGCAAUCGUAUCUUGACAGGCCGGAUGAGGAACUUGUAACGCUUUUAGAGGAUUACUGGGGCGUCCAAGUGAGCUUGUGCACUGGAAUUGCGCGACGCGUGUCGCUACGCGCGAUGGUGGCAGACCUUCUCCCCAUAUUCGCUGCCAGCCUCACCCGCAGCGAGGACUGCGUAUCAUGGGAGAGCCUAGAAAGGGAUCACAGUAUUCACGAAGCCUUCCGACGUGACAACCUCAAGCUUUGGCUCCGAAAUUUGAACAUGCAGCUCUAUGGUCUAGUCUUACGCGGUAUUCGUGGUAUCCUUGACGCGCUGCGCAAGACUGGACUUGACCAGGAGCGUAAAUCGCUCCUCGUAUCGUGGCCGUACUCUAACGACAUGCUUCGCUGCUUCAGGAUCGACCUCGGGCAGCGCGAAAGUUCCUGGGCACGACUCAUCGCUGAUUCGGAGGACUGCGCGACAUUUGCAACCGUGGUUGUCAAGGCAGUGAAGUCGAAUGCCAUGUCGAUGCAGCCGGUUACCGUUGGCUCCCGUGGCUACUCGAUGAUUGACGUGUAG